AGGACAAUAAAACGCCCCCCCCGCACAUAAAUACAUCUGUUGCAAGACUCCUUGACUAAGUCUUCUAAUGCCUUCUCUCCCUUUCAAAUGGCAUAGUGCCAAAGUUUCUAGAUAACCUGGUUAUCUAAAAACACUCUCACUCACUAAGUACUGGUACUUGACUAUCUGUAAUAGCUGUAGCAUCUGUGAUAGCUAUGCCGGAGUCUUCAUCAGUAUUCCACCAACAAAAUGCCUCAUCGUCGUCGUCGUCGUCCGUGCGGCAGGCUGUGAUCACCCGAAAAACGCGCGACAACAUCUUUCAACCCAAGCUCAAGAAGAUAAGAAUCAGUGUGGACUCUGACGAAGAAGAGCUUGUCGAUAAGGCCUCUUGCGUGUCUCAGGUGAGUCCUCGCACAAAGCAGACACUGAGCGAGUGCAACGAAAUCCUGGACCAACAAAUCCCUGACCUGACCCCACAACAAAUUCAACACGGUCGUCUGCUGAAAGAGGCAUUGAAAGCGGUUGAAAGUGGUGAAGAAGGUUCGAUUGACCGCCUGCAUGAUCUUAACCAACUAGUCGCUCGACAACAAGAGGAGCUUAAGAAGGAGAACUUGCACGAGAAGAAGGAUCUGCCAAGUGACCUCUCGAGCUCUGAGUCUAGCCCUGUGGUCUUCACCUCCGACGAAGAUGAAGAGGUCGAGCAAGUAGCUAAAGCUGGCGGCCAAACUUCAGGCAGCGUUCAACAGCAGAAAGCUGCCGUCGGCGACGCUGGAGCUCCGACAGAGUCAGAUGAACUUAGUGCACCGGCUGACUCAGCUCGCGACUUAAACCCAGACCUGCCUGCAUCUCCAAUACCCUCGUCAAGCGCAGAAGCAGGCGCUAAAGCACUGGCGAAAAAAGUAACCUUCAACCCUCAAGUGGACAAAAAGAGUCCAGUUGCGCUGAUAGAUCAAGAAGGCGAAGAAAAGAAGCCCGUGUACGACAAGGACUGGCGGCUUCGGCAAAAGGAGCUGAAGGAGAAAAUAGUCAAGGAGCGCUACGAGAAAGAGCUCCUUGAUAUUGAAAAGCAGCGAGCAUCAAGACGAGAUACGGAGGAUUGAGCAGAGGCUCAAUAGCGGCUUUACAGGUAAUAAACUCGACUUCCGUUUUUUCAUAUUCCACUAUCCAUACGCACUUCUUCUUGACCAUACAUGAGCAGCAUGCAUCCUUGUAGAAAAUAUAUCUCUCACCCUUUCCCUCUUUCCCAAAAAACAACUUAUGAGUAGCUAAGCAGCGCAGCUUUGAACGAUCAGCGACCCGCUUCCCAACAGCACGGCACUCGGCCCGAUGUCAUCAACUAACUGUUCUACAUGUGCAAGAACAUUGGCAUCAACUACAAGACCAGAUGGCAUCGAGCGACUUGGCCGGCGAGCGUGUGCUGCAACUAACUCAACAGCAUGUAUAUCCCGACGAUGUUCACGAACAGCAGCCUAUCAACUAUUCCUUCUACCACGUGUCCGGAGUCACCGAUUCGCAAGCUGCAGCUACCCCUUCUACAAGCUCGGUAGUGCGCUCGACGGUGCGGCUGAACCUGAUGACUCUUUGGGUUGAGUGUUCGCCUGUGAGUCAACAAAAAGUAGCUAAGUAAUCAACACCCAGCACCAUGUUAAUAUAUCGAGCCUGUAGAGUAUUCCGAAUAGUUGAACUCCAUAGUCAUACCAUAUUCUUUCGGUGUUCUCGAAAAAGUCGACUUGAAAAAACUUUUUUGUGUCAUAGAAACAUCUUAACUUGGUAAGCGCUGCCAUAUAUCUCUAUCACUCUCCUCACAAAGAGUACUUACAACAUGUUGCACCUAUCAAAAACGCGAUACUUUUUAUGAACCUUCACAGAACUACACCUCUUGUAGUACUUACUUCCCGUGUGUAUCACCUUCAAUAAUUCUCACCCACUCAUGAUAUGAAGCCCAGCAUAUUCUGGCAUGUGUGUGCAACUUUGAUUGUGCGCCCACCUUGUGUUAGUGGACUGCGUCCCGUCAAGGUUACCAAAUAAGGUAGCGCAAGAU